UUCAUUUGCUAUCGAUAGCUGUAAAUGUCAGCGCAAGAUUCAAAAAAUAUAAAAUAUAUAACCAUUUUUAUAAAUGUAAUUGCAAAUUCUUUGUAGAAAAAUGAACUCUUGUGUGUUUACUGUGUUGCUAUUUAUUGCACUGCUGGGCGCAUGUGCUUCGUUGCCCAGUGGGAAUCACGUAGAAAAGUCUAAUAGAAACAUUAAAACGCUGAAAUACCAAAGCUCUGUGAAGGAGAUUGUCAAGGACUUGAUAACAAAUUGGAAUUCACCCAUUGUGUAUCUCAGGAAUCGCGGUUACCUGAAAGCACCACAAAUAGAUUUUGAUAUGUUCCGCAAGGACCUGGGCAAGAAGGCUAAACGAAUGUCGGGAACUAACGAGUAUGAAAAUGGCAACGAUCUUGGUGAAAUGUUUCGCUCACUCUUCGCGUCGAGCGACAUUGCAGGCAUCUCAGAUAAAAUCAAAUCUAAAUUGGGCGUGGGUUGGGACAUGGAUAAACUGAAGACAUCGGUGCGCAACGAAGCAUCUAAGUUCUAUGAACAGUUUUACAAUAAACGCAGUCAACAAGUAUCGAAUGGUCAGCAGGUUGAAGAAAGUGCCGAUAUUGACAGACAAGUGGCUCAGUUAUAUCCUUCGGUUAUACCCAGUGCAAGUAAUGAGCAAACCGAAAAGGAUGAAAAGAAAGAAUCACUUGAGCCAGCCGUUCAUAAGGAAGCCAAGUUUCUUAGCGGCAUUGCCAAGCUUCUGACCAAUCGGGAGCUAAUGGGGAAGGUUAAGUCACAGGAAUCCAAAAAACCGCUAACAGUUGAGCAUCCCAAGACACUAUAAUAGUUUUUGUGCAUGUUUUGAGUUUAAUUCUUGUUUGUGUAAAUUGAGUCCUGGAUACAUAUUCAAAUUGAUUAGCGAACUGAUUAAUUAAAACAAGUUUCUAUUUGUCACACAAAUUUGAUGAAUCAUAGAUGUCCAAAUGAAUUUUUGCAUGACUUGGACUUGUUGCUAAAUAAAGCAUUACCAAAGUGGAAAUGGUAGGCAAACAAUUACACGUUAUUUUUGCUUACAAACAGCUAAAAGAGCCUUGUCGAAAAGAAGCUUAUUAAAAAGUCACCUGAAAUCAUUUAAACAAAAAUUUAACACUCGCUUAAAAUCAAUUGCGACGGACUAUAAAUUACCGAAAUUAAACUAAACUUGUUUACGCCAAAAAAAAUAAAA